AUGAUCGGCUGCCCGUUCGGUGUUCCCAAUGAGAGCGAUACAGAGACAAACAGUACGAUGACUUCGUGGGUUUACGACGGUGGUCCUGACGGUAAUGGGCAGAAUUUUCAGGGGGAAGGAACUGUCCUAGUCCGGAAUACACUAGCGUCAAGACGCAAAACCCGUGUCACCGAGUUGCUGCAAAAACAAAGCCCUACGCGCAUCGCUGUCUUUCUCCGAAAGAAAUCGCCCCUCUACUCCCUAGGGAAUGACGAGGUGCUUGCGAGGGCAUGCUCCACCCUCGGUAUCGACCCGGUAGCGAGCCGCGCUCAACUCAUGACCAUCUACAAAUGGGACCGUCUGACCAUCUUUGUGUUCAACGUCUGGUACGGCGACUACGACUGGGCUAUAGCACACCACAAGGUCGACCUUCCCGUCGUCCUUGUCGAUUAUGGGAAGAAGGUGUCCACGACUAGAGUGUGCAGCCCGGAGUUUCGCGACGAGGUUAACCACUUCGUUGCGAGACAGCACGAGCUCCACGGCUGGGAUAGCAAGCCGCCCUAUCUGGAGGACCAUACGCUCCCGGGCAACGUACCAACAUACCCGAAUCCUCGCUGCGUCACAGUCGUUGGGCCGGACGGCGUUGCACGCCGUCAAGUAAAGACGCCGCCGCCAGGGUCGACCUCCGCAUACGCGUCAGGGGCUGGCAGUAAGGAGGUUCUGUGCCACACCAACAAUGCAGUUCGUGAAGGUGGAGGGGAAAGCGGCUAA